CAAAAGAAGAAGAGGCGUGCCGUCGCUUGUGAAUGACGUCAACAUAAUUCACGUGUGGGUCUUUUGCUACCAGGCAGCUUGUUUAUUAAGUAAAAUUACUCCCGUAACAUAACGACUGACAAGGAGACGCGAGCAUGGCGUCCAGCUGUCGACGACCCGAACACUCAGCUCCUCCAGAUGUGUUCUACAAUGAAGAGGAGGCCAAGAAGUACUCCCAAAACUCUCGAAUGAUUGAGAUCCAGACCCAGAUGUCAGAGAGAGCUGUGGAGCUUUUGAGCCUGCCAGAGGGACAGCCCUGCUUCUUGUUGGAUGUUGGGUGUGGCUCCGGUCUCAGCGGAGAUUACCUGUCAGAAGAGGGACACUACUGGGUCGGAGUCGACAUCAGCACCGCGAUGUUGGAUGUUGCACUGGACAGAGAGGUGGAAGGAGACCUCGUACUGGGAGACAUGGGCCACGGGAUGCCGUUCAGACCUGGUACCUUUGAUGGUUGCGUCAGUAUCUCUGCCCUGCAGUGGCUUUGUAAUGCAGACAAAAGGACGCACAGUCCUCCAAAGAGACUCUACACCUUCUUUAGCACCCUGUACUCAUGUCUGUCAAGAGGCUCACGUGCAGUCUUUCAGCUUUAUCCUGAGAACUCGGAACAGCUCGAGCUGAUAACAACACAGGCCAUGAAGGCAGGUUUCAGCGGAGGCAUGGUGGUGGAUUACCCCAACAGCGCAAAAGCAAAAAAGUUCUUCCUGUGUCUGUUUGCCGGCGUAGCAGGAGUUCUUCCCAAAGGACUGGGAUCAGAAACGUCAGACAAAGCUGUUCCAAACCAGGUUCAGUACUCAGGACAAAGAUGUCGUUUCAGAAACAUGAAGGGAAAAUCGCUGAAGAAGGGACGAGACUGGAUCCUGGAAAAGAAGGAGAGGAGGAGGAGACAGGGACGGGAGGUUCGAGCCGACACUAAAUACACUGGACGUAAGCGAAGACCUCAUUUCUAGCUCUGACUCAUGCAGCUGCGCCUUCAUUAGCCCUCCUCUGUCACACACACACACACACACACACACACGGAACCACCUCUGGAACUGCAGAGUGUUUGGACUCUGAUUUAUUUUUCAGCCCUUUAAUUCAAGUGGAUGUGAUGCAAGAGCAAAAUGCAAUUACAGCCAGUCGUUUUUAUAUUUGGUCGAGUGUUCCUCGCUAAAAGCGGUGAGAUUGCACUCACAAUGUUCAGUUUGGCUGGAAGUACAUGAACAAAUGUGUGUGUACUCACAGCUGGUGGCAAAAACCACAGUGAAGAAAAAACAAAACAGUAUAAAUAAAUCAAAGCAAUUUUAUAAGUGGCCAUAUCUUUGUGGUUUAUUGUAUUAUCUGCAAUGUUUUCUCAAUUAAAACUAAACAAA